CUUUCCUCCAUUUAGUUUUACAUAAUUUAAUUUUAAGACUACACUAUUUAAAAUUGAGUUGCUAAAAUGUAGAAGUACCUAUAACAGAGAAAACAACUUCAAACAUUAAAUGAUUGGAGGUUCAUAUCUAAUUCCACAUUUUUUGUGGUACUCUUACAUGCUAGUAUUUUAUUUGUAAGGCAUCAGUAGUGUUAGCUGUAAAAGACGAGAGAAAUUUGAAAUUAUUAGUACUAUAAGAAAACAAGCCACGCAAACCUAAACAACAUUUUAAAAUGAUCUUUGAACUUGAUUGAUAUGAUAUUAAUUGAAUGUAUCUGAUUCAAGUAUAGUUGUUCCAUUCUUUUGUGCAAAUAAUUAUUAUUUGUCUAAUGGUAUAUUUUCUUGUACUACAUUUCUAUUUUUUUUUUUGGUUAUUGGUACUUUUCUUCGCUAAAGCCUAUACUUUAACUAAGCGUUGCAAUUAAAGCCUCAACAGAGAACAGACUUUGGGGCUUCGCUGCACUUUUGUUUUUCACUACUCUGUAAAGCAUGUUUGUUUAUUUAAAUGUUACUUUGAGUUUUAUAAUAUUGAGGUGAUGGCGAUAAGGCUAUGUGCACACAAGCUAACUUCAGGUAUGCAGUUAGUUCUCAAGCGAUUCCUUCGGAUCUUAGGUGCGACCUUAGGGAGCUUAUUUUGGCAGCUACUCUCUUAUAGCUAUGUGUCCUGGUUUCCGAGUUCUAGUUCAGGGCAGGAACUCACGGUGGUUGGGGGGAGCCUUCCCCCAGGAAAAUUAAGACUUAUGUUGAAGCUGAACCUGCAGAUCAUGCUAUUGUGAUGGCGGAUAUGUGCAUGGCUGCAUUCUAUGCAAAGCAGCGUAACAUUCAUCGUGCCUUCAGAACUUAUUCCAACAGGUAUACAAAUCCUGCUCGAUGCACAGAGGACACUGAGUUGCCUGUCCCUUUUGCUAAGGCAAUCUCUAAUAUUGGUGUCUUCAAUACUGAGCUGACUGUGAACAUUCAAGACUGUUGUGCCAACAUAUCACGAGGGAACUUAGAAUGAAGGGUGCGCCAGGAAGGAAGUUUCUAUUGCAUGCUACCACAAUGAAGAGUGCUGGAAUUCCUCUUGAGACCAUCAAUAUCCACGAUACAACAGGGACUGCUAGUUAAGCAUGUCAACAAUCAAUACGCCUUUGCUGGAAUAUUUGCUCCUGUUAUGUAGUCCACUCUAUCUUGCCAGAUUGCACAGAUGUUUACUGUGACUGAUGGCCGUGCCAUUUCACCCCCAUUGUCACUCACCGGGCUGAAGAUGUGCCAUAUCAGACGAGGUUGCUUGAUAUCAAUGAUGGCACUCCACUCCGGGCAUUUUCUGCACUAUGUGGAGGUCCAAGUGAAGAAUGGACUGAAUGUGCAUAUAUUUAUUAGCCCUGUGAUGUAUUAAAGCUACUGUUGUGAUGCUUAUUUACUUAAUUAAUAUGCAAUGUCCUCUUUUUGUUGUAUUGUAAUGAAGAGAUUUUUAUAAUAAUUAACUUUUCGGGUCAUGUGGUGGAUAGUAUUGCUGGAGGCGGCUAAUAAAGCUUAUGCUUUAAUUUCAAACAUCAUGAAAUUAUUGGAAUAUAAUAUGUAAUAGACAUUGCACUGAAAACAACCUCCUGAUUAAUUUAGUACUUGUGAUGGAUUUUCCAAGAAAAGUUUGUUUCUUUUUUGUUGUUUUAAAGUGACCCAUGAUAGCUCCAUUCCUUUUUGACCAAGUUAUAAGAACAGCAAAUACCUAGCAAUUUCCUUGAAAGAUUCUGGAUCCUUCAUGUUAAGUUUAUAUGAAGGGCCAGCUUGGUCAUGUUUUACUUCCCUAAAACUAUAAUCUAAUUGUUUUUCGUUUUGAGUAAAAUUUUCAUAUUGUGGAUAUGGAAUCUGAUUCAUCCUGUUGCGAUCUUACGUGUCUUAAUGAAGAGUUGCCAAUGAAAUUUGAGGAGAGUUUGAAGUUGAGUGAUGAAGAAGAUGAUUAUUCGGACAUAAGUCUCCGGCUAUUGGAUCUCACAGAUGUUGAUGAUUUUAUGGAAUGGUUUACGGAUGACAACGUUAAUAAGUUCUGUUCUUGUGAUAAUAUUUUCAUAUCCAAAGAAGGCGCGAUGAGGUACAUUGCUGAUGUUGUUAUACCACAUCCAUGGUUCAGAGCAAUUUGCUUAAAUGGUAAGCCAAUUGGUUCUAUUUCUGUAUCACCCUUUCAAGGAAAGGAUAGCUGCAGGGCCGAAAUCGGAUAUGAGAUAUCAUCAAAGUAUUGGGGCAACGGUAUCGGCACCAAGGCGGUGAAGAUGGUGGCGUCCACCAUCUUCAUCGAGUGGCCCCACUUGGAGAGACUUGAAGGUGUGGUGGCUGUUGACAAUCCAGGAUCACAGAGGGUGUUGGAGAAGGCUGGUUUUACUAAGGAAGGUGUUUUGAGGAAGUAUUAUCUACUCAACGGGAAACCAAAAGAUAUAGUUAUGUUUAGUCUUUUAUCUACUGACCAACAAGUUACCUACUUUAUGUAGAUAUAUGAACACACAUGAAAAGAAGACGUAAAAUGGAGAGAAAAAAAAGAGAACGAAAGAACAACAUUCAGAAAAGAAAUAUUUGAAAAUUUGCGAGAUUGAGUUCUAGUUCCUGAUCGAGUUCCAAUGAUGACGUUCUCUUUAUCAUUUAUUUUUAACAAUUUUGUUGUGAAUCGAAGCUUGAAAUGAGGCAUGUUAAUGGUUUCCCUGACUAUUUAGUUUGUAAAGUUUUGAUUAGAAUUAUGUAAGGUUUGGUUCUGAGAUGCAUGUUUAAUUAUGACUCUGAUCAUUUAA